AUGUUUGUGGGCCUUCAGAUGUGAAGGGUUUACUCAUGCCGGCGUCGUUCUUAUGAAGCCCGGAUUAUGUCCAUUACAUUACACAGCUUCAUUUAAUAACUCUCAGAAUGUUUGCGGGCGGCCACGCUGGGACUCCGGCCACUGCUGCUCCUCCACCACCAGGCUCCUGCAGGCGCUGCUGCCGCCGCCUCCUCUACCACAACUACCAUAAAGAGCCACAGCAGGACACACAACCAUGACCCAGAUGAAUUCAGCAGAAAAAAAUGCAGGUGCUAAGCCAGCAAGUUCAAGCACAAAUCUAGAAAAGGAAAUUGCAGCAUUUUUCCCCACUAAGUAUGGAGCUGUGACAAGCACAACUCUCUCGGAGAAGGAAUAUUGUUUGCAUUUAGCACAUGAUGCCAGCUGGGAAAACGUAGCUGUUUCGGUGUCGGAUAAUUCCGUGUCUGUACUGAAGAGGGAAAAUCUUCAAAAAGUGUCCAGCUUUGAACCCCACCAAAAAUGUAUCACGGGAAUAGGGUUCUCUCCCAGUAACAGCAACCUUCUUUGGUCCAGUAGCAGAAAUGGCUUGGUCAAAAUGUGGGACAUCAGGUCCAAUAAAUGUGAAAAAGAGUUGAAAGGAAUGACUAAGGAUUCAACUGUGUUAAAGCCUAUCACAUGUUUUGAUAUGUCUUAUAAUGAAAGGAUAUUAUGUGCAGGAACUGAAUUAGUUGAAACUAGUGUUUUCCUUUUAUUCUGGGAUAUCAGAGGUGAUAAAAUGUUAGGGAGUUAUUGGGAAUGUCACACAGAUGACAUCACUCAAGUUAAAUUCAACCCUACACAAGCAGACACUAUGGCUACAGCUGCUACAGAUGGACUUAUUAAUGUGUUUGACAUCUCACAAAAUACUGAGGAUGAAGCUCUUACAUAUUGCAUGAAUGCUGAAGUGACAGUUGGGAAAUUAUCAUGGUCGAGUCAAAAUGGCAAACACGAAAGGUUAUCUGCAGUAACUGACAUGGAGUCUUUGCAAUACUGGGAUAUCAAGGAGGCUGCACCAUUGUACAAGUAUAACAGGGAAGAAAUAGCUAGUGCUAUGAAGCGCAAUACACCGGACGAAUGUUACCUAGUGGCUAUGCACAUGUCUAAUGAUGGGGACAACCCUGUUGUGCUGAGUGGCUCGCACACUGGUGAUGGAAGUGAUUGCCUCUCUACAUUGAAACUUGACAUUCAUACUGGCCAACUGAAGCCAAAAGGAUCCUUUAUUUCUAAUCAGAAGCUACUAAUGACACGGGUAGCAUUGCAUCAUUUGGAGACAAACUCUUAUAUCACUGCUGGGGAAUGUGGAGUGGUCAGGGUGUGGAAGCCAGAGUCUACUGAAAAUGUUGGCAAACACACACUUCCUAAGCUUACCAAAGCACAUAGAUCUAAACCUUAUUAGUUUAAAUAAAAUGAGUGUAUUAAUUUGUUAAAUGUAAAUGUUACAGUAUUAUGGUAUGUAUAGUUGAUGUCAUAUCAUUUGAACAGCAGCCCCUAAAAAUUAUCACAAAAUUCAUACCUUUUGUUCUCCAAAAGAAAUUUUAAAGAUUCUUUUAUAACUAUGUUAUUAAUGAAACUUACUUCUAAUGAUAAUUUGGAAGUCAAGAUAUGUUUCAGGUAAGUGCCGGUUACUUACCUGCAAAAACCAGCUUGGUGUCUUCUUUGAUAAUUACUUACUUCAGGAGGGUGUUUAGAUCAUUGUAUAAUUUUAUGGCAACUGUUCUAGUUAAAUAAUGUUACAGCACAUUAUAUAUAUAACUUGUUGACUUUAUAAUCAAUAUUUGUAGCUUGUGUAAAGAAAAUGAGGCUGGGUUAUCAAUUAACAAUGUCAUAUCUAAAGUUCAGAGCUUUACAAGCUUUGUCUUUUUUGAGUGACCAGGUUCUUUUAAGUGUCUUGGGAUAUUUAAUCUCAACUGAUUAUUAUAUAGAAGUUCAGAAUCAUCUCUAAAUAGGCAUGUCUUGUUUCAUGUUUCAUAGUUGAAUUAACAAAUUUAUUGAAAAAAAAAAUGGAAUUUUGUUUAAUAUGCAUUAUUAUAGUACAGUACUGUAUAUUCAUAGUUUUUCUUGCUAAAAUUAUCAUACUGUUUUCCAAGGUUAAGUAUAGUAUACUCAGACUACAGUACAAACACUUUGGAUUGCUAAAGUGAAAAGCAAUAUGCGAACUCAUGCCUGGUGUCUUGGUCCACAUCCCUGUCUUUAAUGUUCCAUCCCGCCACCAGUGCUUACGCAACUGUAAACAUUCCGGGAAUCUUCAGGUUCUGGUCAGCAACUCCUAAAAUCUUUAAAAAGAUUUUUUUUUAUAUAUGCGUUUUCUCGGUUUUGGGUUGUAACUAGAAAUUUAGCAUUAAACUGUGUGCAUAUACUGUACAGUAGAUUAAUAUUUAACAUUUUAACAUUCCUCAUAUAUUUUUCAACAUAAAAUUAAAAAAUAGGGAAAUGUACGCACAUGAUUUUUCUAUAUUGCAAUAAGAAGAAACAAACGGGACUUUCACACUGUUUUGGCAGGUAAUUUGCAAUGUGAAAUACAGGUACUCAAAAGUAAAAAAAAAAAUUAUCAAUUUUAGGCGAUAAGUAGUUGGCCGAGGUGAUUUUGUAAUGGUUCCUCAAACCUUGGUUGGUCCCCUGAUAACCUAUGCCCACAAUGCUCCCCGCCCCACCCUUCCCAAAUAAAAAAAAAAUUCAGGGGUUUUUCAAGAUGGAUGACUCGUUUUAGUAUCAUUGAUGCACUAGAUAAGCUGUGCAGAUUAGGCAGUAUUUAUGUAACGGUCUUUUUUCCACUCUCAUUUUACAUAGUACAAUGCAGAAAAUAUUUUGUGCAAUUCAUUUCAAAGUUGCCAGGUCCUGAGAUAAUGGAUAAUGACUUCAGGUUAUGCAUUUCAAUGCUGUAGUUAAUUCUGUAUAGCUGAGCACACCUCAUAUUGGAGUAAAUUAGACUACCGCACUGUAUGCAUCUUGUACAGUAUCUACAAUAUUUGCAAGCAGCAGCCUUUAAUACCAAGCUUACAACCAAUGUUGUUAAAAGGAUGAUCAUUAGGUAGAGUAUCAUUACUACAACUCACUUUGUUUAAAUGUACAUUCUACUUCAUUUAUGCUGUACUGCGAUACAUUACUUGGCUUAAUAUUAUCAGUAUGUGAUAAAAAUUCAAAUAUAUUUUAAUAAAACAUUUUUUUAGUAACCAAUCAAA